GGAGGACAAUUUAUCUGCCUCAAAGAUUCAUAAAAUUAUGCUUUAUUAUUUAGCGCGCCGUGUUCCGGCCGGACCAUUAUUUGUGUUGGGCAGCGCGCUCACUUCCGCCUAUGAGUUGUGGCUAUUUGCUAGCAGCAUAACAGCAAAGUUUCCGGGUUUGUGUCUUUUUUUGGGAGGGACCAAUAAGCAUUUUUAAAUUUGCUGAUGUUAUGUAGGACAGCUUUUGUCCUAACUGCGAGGUCACCAUUUGAAGGCGAACAGCUGGAAGGGCACUGCCGGCUGCAUUUAUGGAGACAGAGGUGCUUUCCGAUUACUCAAUUAAUCGUAUAAAUAAUCGAUAGAGUACUCGAUUACUUAAAUAUCCUUUUACAACAGCCCUAAAAAACACGGUAAGCAUGCUGCAUUCAAAACAUAUGAUUGUAAUAACACCCUCUAUGGUUACAGAUAUUUCAUCAAGUGUUUUUCCACUCUUCUCCCGCUUGCGCGGAUAAGGGAAAAUACUAAAAUUGAACGCUAUGAAAGCACAGACGGGAAGAACCGGCGAGGAGCAUUGGAACAGCUGAAAAUGCAUCUGACGAUGGAGGCGGAGAAUCAUCAGGUGUCAUUAACAGCUGAUCAUCUUUAUCGGUGUGAUAUGAUGAUGCACAGAUUGGUAAAUGUGUCUUGUUCCGAAGGAGAGCAGCACGAUCCAAAGUCCUUUUGCGAUUUCCAUGGAAAUAUUGCAAAACCCAGUGCUGGCUGGCUGGCUGUUCAUGCAGCAAACACAAUAGCUCCCAUUCCUCCACGGCAGAGCUGCAACAUGCACUCAGAGCUGGUCAAGAGGAUACAGAUGCUGAAGCAAACGCGCAUAUUCCUUUGCUUUUGCCAACACAGCAGCUUAUUGGUGCUCACUCAGACAAACCCUGACAAUAUAUCUGAAUUCCACCCACCCACCGACCAUCAAAACACACACAGAGAGAGACACACACACAGGACACACACACACCCUCCCGCUCUUCUCUGCCUCUGUUCACGCUCACACGCACGAGCACACAUAGAAAGCAGAGACGCGUUGCGCGCUCUCGGGCGCAGAACGCGCAACAAGCGGGACCAGCGGAUGGAAAGAGAGAGAGAGAGAAGAGAGAGAGGAUAGAGGAGGACGGAUGCAAGGCGAGGCCAGGAGUGAGGAAACCUUAUCUCUCCUGCUUUUCCAGCUGUUGUCUUUGUCUCUCUCUCUCUCUUUUUUUUUUAAUUCCCAGGAUGAUUUUAUAAAGCAUUUUUUUUUGAUUUUUCCUUUUAAAGCAAGAAAACAGACGUGACAAAUCUCAACGUCCGUCCUGAUGUGUCGCCGCGUUUCAUCACGAUUGGUCAGAGAUGCGGGAAGAGGCUCCUGUCGCGUCGAUGCUGUUUUCCGUUAAAAAAACAAAGACGUGCUCGAUGAACGACGUCGGACACAUGACAGGCGACAACAGCCUGGCUCGGUGAAGAGAAGACGAGGAAGAGGAGGACGAGAAGGGGGGGGGGUGGCUCGACAUCGACGGAUGGACGCAAAGCAACCGCGGGUUUGUGCAAUAAUUUGCGCCUAAUUAUUUUUCGUGGCGGCUGAUCGGGGAGCUAUUUUUGCCCAGUUCUUUCUGACAUCCAUCCAUCCGUCCAGGAGCUGUAAGGCCUACAUAGCCCCGCAUUAUCUCUGGACAUGAAACCCGUGGGAAUUAUGAUACCGACGUGACGCACAGUCACACAUCCACGCACACACACACACACACACAUCCACCGACACACACGCACACACACACGCAGCACAGCGCGGCGGGGAAGACAUCGAGGGUGUGCGGUCCACGCCGAUCACAGGAAGGGAGGACGCCCAGUUGUUGUUUGACAAAUCGCGCUAAUGACUGUUGUUUAGAGCCAAGCGGUUUGGGCCCAACACAUUUUUUUUAUUUUUAAUUUAUUUUUUAUUAUUAUUAUUUUUAAUGCACUGGAGGCAGCGGAGCGGGAGGCGGGCAGGAGAGUACAGCGGGUGAGGGAGUGGAGGGACGGGAUGCGGGAGACGCAGUGAGCGCGGAGGAGGAGGAGGAGGAGGAAGAAGAAGCAGAAGAAGAAGAAGAAGAAGAGGGGAACCAGGAGGAUUGACGGGUCUCAAAUUGCAGCUGCUGGCGUGAAGUCCCAGCUCUUCCUGCUCAGCAUGGCUGUGUCCCUGUGGUGCAUGGCAGUGGGUGUUCUCACCCUGGCUCAAGUCGCCCCCUCUGGUCAAGCCAUGUCUCGGGCCGCCAUGCCGUUCGGGCUGCUGCGCAGGGAGUUGGCGUGCGAGGGCUACCCCAUAGAGCUGCGCUGCCCAGGAAGUGAUGUUGUGAUGGUGGAGACAGCCAAUUACGGACGCACCGACGACAAGAUCUGUGACGCAGACCCCUUCCAGAUGGAGAACACGCAGUGUUACCUUCCCGAUGCCCUAAAGAUCAUGUCCCAGAGAUGUAACAACCGGACUCAGUGUGUGGUGGUCGCGGGGGUCGACGUCUUCCCAGACCCCUGCCCCGGAACGUACAAGUACCUGGAGAUCCAGUACGAGUGCGUCCCUUACAAAGUGGACCAAAAAGUUUUCGUGUGCCCCGGCUCGCUUCUCAGCAUCCAGCCGGACUCCUCGCUCCUGGAGGCGGAGCAUCAGUCCGGGGCCUGGUGCAAAGACCCCCUGCAGGCCGGAGACAGGCUGUACGUCAUGCCGUGGACGCCGUACAGAACGGAGGUCCUGUAUGAGUACGCCUCGUGGGACGACCUCCGACAGAACAGAGUCACCACCACCUACAAGUUGCCGAGUCGUGUGGACGGCACGGGUUUUGUGGUGUACGACGGAGCUGUGUUUUACAACAAGGAGCGAACUCGCAACCUGGUCAAAUACGACCUGCGCACUCGCAUCAAGAGCGGCGAGGCAGUGGUGGUCAACGCCAAUUACCACGACACCUCUCCUUACCGCUGGGGAGGAAAGUCGGACAUCGAUCUGGCGGUGGACGAGAACGGGCUCUGGGUUAUCUACUCCACGGAGGCCAAUAACGGACGCAUCGUGGUCAGCCAGGUGAACCCGUACACGCUGCGCUUCGAGGGCACCUGGGCGACAGGCUUCGACAAACGCGGCGCCAGCAACGCCUUCAUGGCCUGCGGCGUGCUCUACGCGGUGCGCUCCGUCUUCCAGGACGACGAGGGCCAGGCGGACAGCCGCGCCAGCAGCAACAUGGUGGUGUACGCCUACGACACCAGUCGGGGUCAGGAGCUGCCCGUCCAGAUACCGUUCCCCAACCCGUACCAGUACAUCUCCUCCAUCGACUACAAUCCCAGAGACAACCAACUGUACGUGUGGAACAACUACUACAUGCUGCGCUACCCUCUGAGUUUCACACCGCCACCACCAACUAAAGGUCCCCUGUCCUCUCUGAUGACCACUGUGCGGUCCUACACGGCUACAGUCGCUCUCACCCCGGUUCGCCCGUCGGCCUCGCACCCGAUCGGCGUCAUCAACAGGGGUCCGAUCACAGCCAUGGUCCCGCUGACCCCGCGGCCUCCGCUGCGGGUCCCCCUGGCCCCCGGCGGGCCCGGUCAGGUCGGCGGAUGCGAGGGCCGCGUUGCGCGAGGAGUUCAGUGGCCUCCGACUCUGAAGGGAGAGACGGUGGAGCGGCCCUGCCCUAAGGGGUCUCUGGGAAUCGCCUCCUAUCAGUGCAUGUCGUCUCCGGUGGGCUGGAACUCCCAAGGGCCUGACCUUUCCAACUGCACCUCUCCCUGGGUCAGCCAAAUCGCUCAGAAGAUCAAGAGCGGCGAAAACGCGGCCAACAUCGCCGGGGAGCUGGUCAACCUGACCCGCGGCCGGAUCUACGCCGGCGACAUCAGCAUGUCGGUCCGGCUAAUUGAGCAGCUCUUGGACAUCCUGGACUCUCAGCUGCAGGCCCUGAGACCAGCCAACAAAGAGUCAGCCGCACGCAAUUACAACAAGCUGCAGAAGAGAGAGCGAACGUGCAAAGCAUAUGUUCAGGCUGUGGUUCAGAUAGCCGAUAACCUGCUGGGUCCUGAAGCCCUGGUGUCCUGGGCAGACAUGAGCAACCUUGACCAGUCCCGCUCUGCAUCGCUGCUGUUGGACGCGGUCGAGAAAGGAGCAUUUCUGUUGGCGAACAAUCUCUACGAGGGCCGUUUCAGUGACAGAGCACCUAAUGUCGAUCUGGAAGUGUAUGUACUAAAUACUGAGGCUGACAUACAGGAUUUGACUUUUCCACACUCGUAUGACAGCGACAGCAUCCUGCAGAUAUCGGCGCAGGCUCUGCAGCAGUACAGCAACAACGGUCAGGUGAAGUUGGUCCUUUCCCUCUUCAAGAACCUGGGCCCCUUCCUCACCACCCAGAACUCAACUUUGCGUCUGGGACUGGGACUUGCCCAAGGCCAAGAGCCCCGGCGCAGGAGCCUGGUGGUCAACUCCCAUGUCAUCUCUGCCUCUGUGCACAGAGGCACCAACCGGGUAUACCUCACAGCGCCGGUGAUCUUCACUCUCAGACAUCUCCAGCUGGAAAAUCACUUUGGUCCCAACUGUUCUUUCUGGAACGCUUCGGGGGUUUCUGGCAGCGGCAGGUGGUCCACUCAGGGCUGCCGCCUGCUGCACACAAACAACACGCACACGACUUGUGCGUGCAACCAUCUGUCCAGCUAUGCCGUCCUCAUGACUUACCAGCAACCAGUUUUCGGCGCCGGUGUGGAGGAGCUUCUGGUCUACGUGGUUUCCUGGGUCGGCAUCGCCGUUGCUCUUGUGUGUUUGGCUACCUGCCUUAUCACCCUCUGCUGCCAGGGGGCGCCGUGGCACACUGACCACAGCACCAUUCACUGCAACCUGUGGGCCAACCUGCUCAUCACAGAACUCAUCUUCCUUAUCGGUGCCAACAAGACUAAGUACACGGUCCUCUGCUCCAUCACCGCUGGGCUGCUGCACUUUUCGCUGCUGUCCGUGUUCUGCUGGUUGUGCCUGGAGGCAGUGGAGCUGUACCUUCUGCAGAGGGAAGUGUUCGAGGGACGCAACUCCAGGAGGAAAUAUUUUUACCUCUGCGGCUACUCUGUGCCCGGGCUGGUGGUGGCCGUGUCGGCAGCCAUCGACUUCAGAGGAUACGGUUCAAAAACGGCGUGCUGGCUGCGCACAGAUAACUACUUCAUCUGGAGUUUCCUCGGACCUGUAGCUGUCAUCAUUACGUUGAACCUGGUUGUCUUGGUGAUGACCCUACACAAGAUGCACAGCACUGCUGCACUCAAGCCCGACUCCAGUCGCCACGACAACCUCCGGGCCUGGGCCGUGGGCUCCCUGACUCUCCUAUUCCUGCUGAGCGUCACCUGGUCCUCGGGCUUGAUGUUCCUGUCGGGUCCGUCUCUCCUGCUGGCUUACCUCUUCACCUCCCUCAACACAGCCCAGGCGCUCCUCAUCACCAUCCUCCACUGCACGCUCGCCAGAAAGGGUCAGAAGGAUUACGGCCGAUGCCUGCGUCUCUCCCAGUGCUGCGCCACGUCCUCCUCCAGCUCUCCGGACUCGGUGAAAGGCGCGGCGCUUCGCUCCAACAGCCGCUACACCAGCAGCCAGAGCCGGAGAGCUACGGCGAACAGACAGAGCCGCAUCAGGAGGAUGUGGAACGACACGGUUCGCAGGCAGACCGAGUCCUCCUUCAUCGCCGCAGAUGUUAACAAUACUCCGACUCUUAACAGAGCUGCUUUGGGAAACCAUUUUCUGACGAACCAAAUGCUGCAAACUCAUGCUGGAGCUUCUCCCUAUGACACGAUGCUGGCGCAGGGAUACAAUCAGCCCUUCACUUCCACUGUAGGAACCUUCAGAAACAAACAGAAGGGCGGAGUGUCACAGAGCCAGGAAUCCUGCGCCUUGGAUAGUGUUUGUCUCAAUGGAGGCUACACCCCCAACACCUUCACCCUUCAUGGUCUGGGUACAACGCCCGGGUCCAGAGCGGGAGUAGUGGGCAGCGCCGACCUCCUCAGGGAGGGGGGUGUUGGGCUUGGAGGUGAUGACGUCUCGCCGGGGCUCCUCACGCCGCACAGCUCGACAGAUCUCAACAGCGGAGCUGGAAUGCGUCGUAAUCUGUCCGACGCGGCGGCUCUGGAGAAGAUGAUCAUCUCGGAGCUGGUGCAGAGCAACCUGCGCCCCUCCGUUCCCAUGCCCGUUCCGCCCGAGCGCUAUGGGAGCCUGGCGAGGCCGCAUCACCACGAGAGGCCAGCUCUUACUCACACCGCUACAUUAACCCGCCACCCACAGCCCUCGCAAGAGGGCUGGUCUGCCACGGUGCAGCCGAGCUCCCGGCAGAACGCGCAAGAGGGCUGGGCGCAUGCAAGGCCGCCCACACAGGACGCCGAGGCAAACGCUGCCACACGGGGUCAAGAGCAUGGCACCACGCCUCGCUUACAAGACGACUGGUCACACGGACGCAUUUCUGGAGAUUCCGACACCCAGGAGUUACUCAAAGACGGAGACCGCUCACAGCUGCAAGGUACUCUGGGCAGGCGUGGACACCAGGAAAGGCAGCCGGCUCGACCACCAGAUGUCCAAGCUCGGCCUUAUUCUACCCUAAGCCGCACCCCGGGUACCUUGUCCCGCCACCGCAGCACGGCGGAGUCUACUGGAGGGGCAGAGCGAGACAGGGAUCGCUACCGAGACAGACCUCUCCCUCCACCUCCUCCCCCACCACCACAGGAGUCAGAGUCGCUGUACAAGGCUCUGGAAGAGCCACUGCUUAUGAAGCAGAGAGAAGCGGUUGUAGAGGCAUGGAGAGGUGGCCAGGACAGGGAAAAGGAGGAGACAUUUCUGCUGAACAGAGACGGAAUGUCUGACGACUGGAGAGGAGGAACCGAGAGGGGACGAGACGAGUCUUUUACCUCUCAUAAGCGAGAUGGCACGAUGGAUGAGUGGAGGGCCGGCAUCGAGAGAGGCAGGGAGGAAUCUAAAAUGCUCGAGAAGAGAGACGGACGACUCGAGCUGUGGCGAGCAGGGGAGAUGGAGCAGGGGGAGACUUUUAUCACUCAGAAGAAAGACUUUGGUAUGGAUGGUUGGAGAAGUGAGGUAGAAAGAGAGUCGGACGAAUCCUUUUUCCUGAAGGACAGAGAUGGGUGGAGGGCAGGGAUCGAACGAGAGAGCGAGAAACAGAAGGACAGAGCGCUGGAUGUUUGGAGAGGCGGGAUAGAUUUGGACAGGGAGGAGUCUUUCUCAUUCGAAAACAAAGAUGGAGGCCUAGACGGGAGGAUCAGAGGGAAAGACAGAGGGUCUCUGCGGUAUCAUGGCGAGCGACAGGAUUCAGACAGCUUCACCCUACCUUUAACGCCCGAUCUCGACUUGGACCCAGACUCCUCGCCCAUCUACACACGGGAUUCGAACCCGUCCCCUCUAUACCCCGGAGACCGCCGCUCUCCGCCACUGAACAUCUUCUCCCGAAACUCUCCGCCGACAAACAUCUUCGUGCCACGAGAAGACAACUCGCCGCCGGGUAAACUCUACUCCCGCCACUCUCCGCAGGUGUACAGCCGCAGCGGCUCCCCUCCCCGCUUUUACACCCGCACCUCUCCACCGACUCACAUGUACCCAGACAGCAGCCCCGAAGGCCCAGAAGAAGUCAGCCCGACCAGUGGGCAUCAGCCCCAGCGGCCCACUCUAGAGCUGCCCUACAGCCUGGGGCGCCCGCCGUUAGGCCCACGGCCCAAUCACUUGCAGACCUUCUACCAGCCCCCGCCACUGGCUUCAAACGGAGAGACAGGGUACGCGGCAGAGCCCACUUCUGAGGGAGACGACGGACAGAUGCAGCGGGUGACGAGCCUGUGACUAGGGCGGUGGUGAUUGGGGUAUAGAUACCAGGGAGGAGGAGGAGGAUGUUGACAAUUUCAACAAAGUGAAGACCAAAAAGAUGGAAUCUAAGAUUAUGCUUUAGAAAAAUAACAAUGUUGGACUUCUUUAACAAUUCUGGCAUUUUACAUGAUGGCUCCUCCCUGCUUCUACGCCCCAAUCACCACGAGAUUCUCCCCCUUCCCCAUGUUUUGUUACUUUUGUACGACUGUGAUCCAUUUAUAGCUGCUUCUCCUCCUGCUGCUCCCCUCUUCUGUCUUUCCCGAAACGCCCUUGUGUCUUCCCAUAUCAUUGGUGCUUUCCUUAAUCCGUCCUCGUCGCCUAGGUUUUGCUUCAUCGGCUGGGUGUUGCCCCUCCCUGUAGCAAACAGUGUGUCAAAGAAGCACUUGUGUGUUGCCAAAACAAAACAAAAAAAAGAAAUCCUUUCAAAGAACUCGUGCAUGACUUUAUAGUGGCUUUGCAAGGCUACAUACUGUAGGAGGACGCGCUGAGUGAGUGUGCAUAGCUUGAUGAGCAUGUGUGUCUGUAAGGAUGGGUAUAUGUGCGUAUGACAGAGAAAGUAUGUGUAUAUAAUACAUUAUUGUAUAUUUAAUGUAUCACAUUGAAGCAUUUUAUCAAUACCGACUGGAGGAGCUGUCCGUCUCUCUCCUCCUCCUGAUUUUGACUCGACCCAUUUCACAUCAAGACCAAAAAACUUUUGUUCCCCCCAGAGCUGCCGCGAACUGCCCCCUGGAGGAACUCGCUGACCGCAGAGCUGGAGAUUGUGUAAAACCUGAGAGAUUUUCUGCAAACCCCUCCUGAGAUCCUUGUACAUAUCGACCUCAAGUGUUCUGAUUGUCUUGUAUUGCUAUUGAAGUUCAAGUAAACAUGUGAAAUAAAUGUUUCUGUUUUUCUGUUUGUGUGCACAAAGAGAGAUGGAGGCAUUCAAAGAAAUGAUCGAAAUAUUAAUGGAGGAUCAUUUUAAAAAAUGAUGCCGAUGUUCUUUUCAGAAACCCUGGAUAGCACAUGACGAAUUAGAAAAUAUAGUUAUGUACAUUUUAGAGUGGAUAAAUAAAUGCUACUUUAUACAUCUAC